ACUCACUUUCUUCUUUGCAGCUCGAAACUCGAAUCUGAAACUUCUGUUCUCCUCAUAACCUGCAAGGCCGAACCCUGUGUUUGAGAAGUUAGCGUUUCUUUGUAGAGAAAUGGCGUUGGCUAGUCGCAUGAGAUCCACCAUCCCUGUCCUCAGCAAGUUUUUGAGGUCCGAAUCGUCCUGCACUCCGGUACUGCUCUCAAGGACCUAUGCCGCUGCAUCAGGGAAAAGUGAAGCAAAAGUGAAGCUUCCUAUUGCAUUGUUUGGAGGGUCUGGAAACUAUGCCUCUGCUCUGUAUAUAGCUGCAGUAAAAGCUAAUUCUUUAGACAACGUGGAGUCUGAGCUUGUUAACUUUGUCGAGGCUAUUAAGAAAAGCCCAACAUUUUCUCAGUUCACAAUGGACCUGUCAGUUCCAGCUGAAACUAGAGUUAAGGCUAUCACUGAAAUUUCUGCGGAAGCUAAAUUUUCGGAUGUCGUAAAGAACUUUUUAGUUGUGCUGGCUGAGAAUGGGAGGCUGAGAUAUGUAGAUAGCAUAGCAAAGAGAUUUUUGGAGUUGACUAUGGCUCAUAGGGGAGAAGUUGAAGCAGUUGUUACUACUGUUAUUCCCAUUCCACCACAAGAAGAGAAAGAAUUGACGGAGACGUUGCAAGAUAUAAUUGGACAGGGCAAGAAGGUUAAGCUCGAGCAGAAGAUUGAUCCCAGCAUACUUGGUGGUCUAGUUGUAGAAUUUGGCGAGAAGGUAUUGGACAUGUCCAUUAAAACCCGGGCACGUCAAAUGGAGAGGUUCUUGCGUCAACCUGUAACUUUUGAUGGACUCUGAAAAGAUGUUCAACUUCUGUGGCACAAUGUCCAUCGUCGUCAUUCUGUCAUCCAUGUUAAUGGAAAAAGAUAUUUUCUUUUUUUUCCCCGUUAUUUUUGUUGCCCUUUUACCUUAACUUGAUAUGAUGUUAUACAACCAUCUAAGUGGAAAUAAGAGUUUCGGUGGAUUAUAAUCUAGUAAAAGCUACUUGGUUUAAGAGUAUCUUAUUCCCAGGUACUUCAGAAUC